CGUUGAUGUGGCUCAGGCUCGACUUGGUCUUCCACGUCAGUAGGAAGUAAACGACAGCUCACCAGACGGAGCUACCGGGAAUCUUUGUAAAUGCAAAUGUAAAAAUUUGGCUCACCAACACUACUUUGAACAACAGUCGCAAAGAUUGGUCUCGGCUCUCCAGUGAUAUUCAGUGGGUUACCUUUACAGAUUGAGCAGCAAAAUGACGGCUGCAGAGAAUGUUUGCUACACCCUGAUCAAUGUCACUUCUGACUCAGAGCCUCCCUCUGAAGUCAGUCUCAAGACUGAUCUAGAAAAAGGGGAGAUUAAGGCAAAAACAGAGGCCUUGAAGAAGGUCAUUAUCAUGAUACUGAAUGGUGAAAAGUUGCCAGGACUUCUGAUGACCAUCAUCCGCUUUGUGCUGCCACUUCAAGAUCACACUAUCAAGAAACUGUUGCUGGUGUUUUGGGAAAUUGUGCCCAAAACUACUCCAGAUGGCAAACUGCUCCAGGAGAUGAUUCUGGUCUGUGAUGCCUACAGAAAGGAUCUCCAGCACCCAAAUGAGUUCAUCCGUGGCUCCACUCUGCGUUUCCUGUGCAAGCUGAAGGAGUCUGAGCUGCUUGAGCCCCUCAUGCCUGCGAUCCGCUCCUGUCUGGAGCACAGACACAGUUAUGUCCGCCGCAAUGCUGUCCUUGCCAUCUACACAAUUUAUAGGAACUUUGAACAUCUGAUCCCUGAUGCUCCGGAGUUGAUCCAUGAUUUUCUGGUCAAUGAAAAAGACGCAAGUUGUAAGAGGAAUGCAUUCAUGAUGCUGAUCCAUGCUGAUCAGGAUCGAGCUCUCGAUUACCUCAGCACAUGCAUUGACCAAGUUCACACAUUUGGUGACAUUCUGCAGCUGGUCAUUGUUGAACUUAUCUACAAAGUGUGUCAUGCCAACCCUUCUGAGCGUGCCCGUUUUAUUCGGUGUAUUUACAACCUGCUGCAGUCCUCAAGCCCAGCUGUUAAAUAUGAGGCUGCUGGAACUCUAGUUACCCUCUCCAGUGCACCCACAGCCAUCAAGGCUGCUGCCCAGUGCUACAUUGAUCUUAUUAUCAAGGAGAGCGACAACAAUGUAAAGCUGAUUGUUCUGGACCGUCUCAUUGAACUGAAGGAUCAUCCCACCCAUGAGCGUGUGCUCCAGGAUCUUGUGAUGGACAUCCUGCGUGUUCUCAGCACCCCUGACUUGGAGGUGAGGAAGAAGACUCUGCAGCUGGCGCUGGACCUGGUCUCCUCUCGUAACGUGGAAGAGUUGGUGAUUGUUCUGAAGAAGGAGGUGAUUAAGACCAACAAUGUAACCGAACAUGAAGACACUGACAAGUAUAGGCAGCUCUUGGUGCGCACUCUUCACUCAUGCAGCGUCCGCUUCCCUGACAUGGCAGCCAACGUCAUUCCGGUGCUGAUGGAAUUCCUGAGUGACUCUAAUGAGGCUGCUGCUGCCGAUGUCCUGGAGUUUGUGCGCGAAGCUAUUCAGCGCUUCGACAACUUAAGGCCCCUUAUUAUCGAGAAGAUGUUGGAAGUGUUUCAUGCCAUCAAAACUGUCAAAAUCUACAGAGGAGCUCUGUGGAUCCUGGGUGAAUACUGCAGCACAAAGGAUGACAUUCAGAGUGUGAUGACAGAAGUCCGCAGGUCGUUGGGAGAGAUUCCUAUCGUGGAGAAUGAGAUCAAGAAAGAGACCGGAGAAGCUAAACAAGAAGAUGAAGUCAGUGCAGCUCCGGCUCAGAAGUUGGUGACAGAAAUGGGCACAUAUGUGACUCAAAGUGCCCUCAGCUCCUCCAGGCCAUCAAAGAAAGAGGAAGACAGGCCUCCGCUUCGAGGCUUCCUCAUGGAUGGAGAUUUCUACGUGGCAGCUUCGCUGGCCACCACCCUCACCAAAAUCGCCCUUCGCUAUGUUGCCAUUGUUCAAGACAAAAGGAAACAGAAUUCGUUUGUGGCAGAGGCCAUGCUGAUCAUGGUUACUGUGCUCCAUCUUGGCAAGUCUUCUCUGCCCAAGAAGCCCAUCACAGAUGAUGAUGUGGAUCGCAUCUCGCUGUGCCUCAAAGUCCUGUCAGAGUGCUCACCACUCAUGAAUGACAUUUUCAACAAAGAGUGUCGCAAGUCUCUGUCACACAUGCUGACCGUCAGGCUGGAGGAGGAGAAGCUGUCGCAGAAGAAGGAGUCUGAGAAGCGAAAUGUCACUGUGCAAGCAGACGACCCAAUUUCCUUCAUGCAGCUCACAGCCAAGAAUGAGAUGUCAUCUAAAGAGGACCAGUUCCAGCUCAGUUUGCUGGCUGCUAUGGGCAACACACAAAGAAAGGAGGCCGCCGACCCCCUGGCUUCCAAACUCAACAAGGUGACCCAACUGACUGGUUUCUCCGACCCAGUUUACGCUGAAGCUUAUGUUCACGUAAAUCAGUACGACAUCGUGUUGGAUGUUCUGGUCGUCAACCAAACCAGUGACACUCUCCAGAACUGCACCCUUGAGCUUGCUACUUUAGGUGAUCUGAAGUUGGUGGAGAAGCCCUCCCCCCUCACCCUGGCCCCACAUGACUUUGCCAACAUCAAGGCCAAUGUUAAAGUGGCAUCUACAGAAAACGGAAUCAUAUUUGGAAACAUAGUAUAUGACGUGUCCGGAGCGGCGAGUGACCGGAACUGCGUCGUUCUCAGCGACAUCCACAUUGACAUCAUGGACUACAUCCAGCCUGCGUCCUGCACAGAUGCUGAGUUCAGACAGAUGUGGGCUGAGUUUGAGUGGGAGAACAAGGUGACGGUGAACACCAACAUCACAGAUCUGAAUGAGUACCUGCAGCACAUCCUCAAGUCCACAAACAUGAAGUGCCUGACUCCAGAGAAGGCUUUGUCUGGCUUCUGCGGGUUCAUGGCUGCCAACCUUUACGCUCGGUCUAUCUUCGGCGAGGACGCCUUGGCUAAUGUCAGCAUAGAGAAGCCCAUCCACCUGGGGCCCGACGCUGCUGUCAACGGACACAUACGCAUCCGCGCCAAGAGUCAGGGGAUGGCCUUAAGUCUUGGGGACAAGAUCAACCUCUCCCAGAAAAAGGCAAACGUCUGAAAUCAUUCCUGUCCUAUCAAAUCCUCUCCUUUCUGCUUCUGUCUCAUCCAUGUGUCACGCUCAUAGCGUCACGUUUUAUUAUCACUUCUCUGAGUGGUGCAUUUCUUUCUCUUGUUUUCAAUAAAGGUAAAUAUCAGUUCAAAUAUUUGGGCUGAGUAGCUUCA